AUGGAGGCCUUGACCAAAGGAUUGACUUUUGGUGCCCGGGCCUUUGAGGGUGCGCAGCUUCGACGCAACUUGGAGCGUUGUCGGCCGCAGAAUGUCCACAUGAAAGACGUGCCGGGGAUUGUGUUGGCCUCAUAUCCAGAAGCGGCAAAGAUGCGCGGAGAACGCGGCAAACAGAAACUCUACUGCUUGGGGGGCCCUAAAGGCGAAGAAGGUUCCUUUUGUCCAAAGGUGUCUAUUUUGUUGCCCGAUUUUGAUAGUUAG